ACUCUGAGCUUGCAGUCCACACAGGUUGAGGUCUUCGGCGUGCUGCAGAAUUGUUGUACGACAGAAUCUCGGGUUUCGGAAUGGCUGCUCGCAAAGACUCGACAACUCCUUUCUCUCUGGACCUGUACCAUGUUUCAGAGGAACUCGGCUUCAUUCUACCAGAGCCUCUGCAAAAUCUUCCACCUUACUACCAACCAUGGAUGGAUAUCGCCUGCCAAGUCCCAGAGCUUGUUCUCGCACACGAGUUACGCUCUCAAGUUAACAAGAUGCCUCAGUUGAGCACCCAGUUUUUGCAGAAACACCGUGAAUUGCGACUAGCACACCUGGCCCUCAGUGUGAUGACUAUGGGAUAUGUUUGGCAGGACGGUGAGAAGAACACAGUUGAGAUGCUUCCUUGUACUUUGGCUGUCCCAUACUGGGAGGUGUCCCGCCGCUUAGGACUUCCUCCAAUUCUCACCCAUGCUGAUGCGGUCCUGGCGAACUGGCGGAAGAAGGAUCCAGACGGCCCUUUAGACAUCGAGAACUUGGAGCUGCUGGUUAGCUUACCCGGUGGUGAAAGUGUGCAGGGCUUCUUCCUUGUCACGCUAAUGGUGGAGAGAGCAGCGAUUCCUGCUCUGAGGAGCAUUCCUAAAGUCAUCAAUGGUGUCAGAUGUGGUGAUUCUAAAGCUGUGACCACAGCCUUGGAGGAGAUCAGCCAAUCUAUAGAUGGCAUGGUAGGAUGCCUUAAGCUAAUGCAAGUGCAUGUGGAUCCGUCUGUCUUCUAUGGCAUCAUGAGGAUCUUCCUGUCUGGGUGGAAAGAUAAUCCAUGUAUGCCAAAUGGUUUGGUUUAUGAGGGUGUCCAGAUAGAACCAGUGGAGUACUCUGGUGGAAGCGCUGCACAAAGCAGCCUCUUGCACUGUUUUGAUGAACUUUUGGGAGUCAAACAUGAGGACAAAAGUGGCGCUUUCCUAACCCGCAUGAGGAGCUACAUGUUACCUGCUCACAAACAACUCAUCCAGGACAUCUCGUUGCAACCCUCCUUGAGGACGUUUGUGCAGCAGCAGGCCAAUGAAGACCUCACUGAGGCCUUUCAGGAAUGUGUGUCCAAACUGUUGGCUUUGCGCAGCUAUCACAUCACCGUCGUCACACGCUUUAUCACAAUUCCUGCCUCUAAAGCCCGACAACUAUACAACCGCAAAGAGGACACUGAGGCGGAGAUGAUCUGCAAGGCCCCCAGAGCGCUGGAGGAACGGGGCACUGGUGGCUCUGGCAUUAUGAGCUUCUUAAAGACUGUGAGGAAUCAAACAAGAGACGCCCUGUUGCCCAAGCAAGCAAAGAGAUGAAGCACCACAGCCGAUGUCGUUGUCAGCUACAUCUCAUAAAACAAGUAGUAAAUCACAUGAGAGAAAUGUAUAUGUCAUAAAAACAUUACUUUUGGCAUAGUGAGAGGCCCUUUUUUGCUUGGCUCACUCAGACUUUUGUUUUGCCAGUAAACAAACCAAAACCACAUUGA